CAUUGACAGUUUGGUUUCUAGGUUGUUUGCUUCCCAGCUACUCGUUCAAUAUUUUCCUAAGUGCUCAAGGAAAAAUCGAUAUGGAAAACAAAAGUGACGACAAUAAUGCCCCAGAGAAGACAAUUUUCGACGCUAUCGGCCAAGGGGAUUUUGCCGAGUUCAAGAACAUUCUCGCCCAACAUAAAGGCGACGUUAAUUUCUUCGAUGAAAAUGGUAUGACCGCGCUCCAGCACGCCGCAUAUAAGGGGAACAAGGAUAUGGUGCAAUUACUGCUCGAUAGGGGCGCAGACGUAAACUCUGGCAAACAUGAGUACAACUACACGGCGCUGCACUUCGGAGCGCUGUCGGGCAGUUCUGAGGUGUGCAAGCUGCUACUGGACGCUGGCGCGAAACCUACAGCCACCAACUCCGUAGGGCGGACCGCUUCGCAAAUGGCGGCGUUUGUGGGCAACCACCAUACUGUCGCCACAAUCAACAAUUACAUACCAAGAAGUGAGAUCGCUUACUAUUCAUUACCUCGGGGUCAGCAGACAGAGCCCUACCUACCUCCUAUCUUAGUAGACCCUCUCCAUAAGUUUGUACUUGGUGUCAACAUUCAUCCUGUUAGGUUAGCCCUCAACCUGCAGCACAUCACUGGCCUCUUAGACAGUGCCGAUAAAGCUAGUAAUGUCUUGGAAAUGUUGUCCAAGAAGGAGAUGACCCGAGGCAGUGACACCAAUGAAGUUAUGGCCUUUAAAUACCACUACUUGUCUUACAUUCUUAGAGAAAUUCAUAAUAUUAAGGAUAAGCAAAAACCUGUAGAGAAAGAUGAAAAGAAACACGACAUUAUCGAGAUUUUCUCUAAAAAGUUAUUAAAACCUGGAAAAGAUGGUGUUUCUUUAGAUCUGAUGGAUGCGUUCCUGAAGGAUUGUGUGAGGGAAUUCCCGUACAGAGAAUGCACAACAUUCCACCAAAUGGUGACUUCAUUGACUAGUAAAGACCCACCUCCAGCCCUCACGGUUAUAAACUGUACAAUUAAUGGUCAGAGAGGAUUUGUUGACGCCAUACCCUAUUGUAGUACCUGCGGGGAAGAAAAACCUGCCAAGAAAUGCUCUAAAUGUAAAUCUGUGCAAUAUUGCGACCGAGAGUGCCAGCGUCUCCACUGGUUUGUACAUAAAAAAGCCUGUAACAGAGAAUCGAGUGCACCUGUGGCCUCAACCAACGCUAAAGUUAACAUUGACGCCAACGAGCUGAGUUCUGAGCUGCAAAACCUGAUAGCUGGUUAGGGAAACUGUAGUUAAAUGUAAUGAACAUCAUUUGAUGAUACAAUCAAGUUUAAUAUUUUUCUUCACAAUGUAGGACGCUUGAUGUGUACUUUUGGUGUAAUUAAGUUGUCAUUAUCAAAUAUGCUUUUGUUUUGUGGACCAAUUAAUGUCAUCAAUCUGUAUUAGGUAAUUACAGUAAUAAUUGGAUUAUUCUUGAAUUCUAUGUUAUAUUAGUGGUAUCAUUUUGAUAUAUUGGCUUCUGUAUUCUUUGUUAUACCAUAUUCAACAUGUUUGAACAAUAUUGUGAAAAAUAACACCAAGUUAAGAAUUUUUAAUGUAAUUGUAAGGUGUAUUUUUGUGUAUUAUUGUCAACAAGUGUAAUAACAUAAGUAAUUUAAACAUUUUGAUGGUAAUUAAAUAUUUCAGUACUGAAUGUUUCUUUUGAUUACACCAUUGGUUGACAGGUAUGGGAUUAUUAAAAACAUUAUUUUGUAACCAUACAAAUUUAUUUCCAAUAAAAUACUUGUAUUUAA